ACGCUGUGACGCGCCUUCCGAACUGUCCUGGGAUAGCGAUGGAGACUCCCGGCGCGUCUCCCCGGGCCCUGUUGCUUCCCACCGCGUCCAGGCCCCGGAGGAAGCGCGCAGCAGGGGAGGCUGGUGCUGCGACGAGCAAACAACGGGUCUUGGACGAGGAAGAGUACAUCGAGGGCCUCCAGACAGUCAUCCAGAGGGAUUUCUUUCCUGAUGUGGAGAAGCUGCAGGCACAGAAGGAGUACCUGGAGGCUGAGGAGAACGGAGACUUGGAACGGAUGCGCCAGAUCGCCAUCAAGUUUGGCUCUGCCCUGGGCAAGAUGUCCCGAGAGCCCCCAGCACCUUAUGUGACUCCAGCCACGUUUGAAACCCCUGAGGUGCACACAGGCACUGGAAUGGUGGUCAACAAGCCUCAGGGCCGGAGCCAAGGCCUGGAGGAUGGUGAUGGAGAGGCUGGAGAGGAGGAGGAGAAGGAGCCCCUGCCCAGCCUGGAUGUCUUCCUGAGCCAGUACACAAGCGAGGACAAUGCCUCCUUCCAGGAGAUCAUGGAGGUGGCCAAGGAGAAGAACCGGGCACGCCAUGCUUGGCUCUACCAGGCCGAGGAGGAGUUUGAGAAGAGGCAGAAAGAUAAUCUCACACUCCCAUCGGCAGAGCACCAAGCGAUUGAGAGCAGCCAGGCUGGCGUGGAGACCUGGAAAUACAAGGCCAAGAACUCUCUCAUGUACUACCCAGAGGGCGUCCCUGAUGAAGAGCAACUGUUUAAGAAGCCCCGGCAAGUGGUGCAUAAGAAUACUCGCUUCCUCAGGGACCCAUUCAGCCAGGCCCUGAGCAGGUCCCAGCUGCAGCAGGCCGCUGCCCUCAAUGCCCAGCACAAACAGGGCAAGGUGGGCCCCGACGGCAAGGAGCUGAUUCCCCAGGAGUCCCCCCGAGUGGGCGGAUUUGGAUUUGUUGCCACCCCUUCUCCUGCCCCUGGUGUGACUGAGUCCCCACUGAUGACCUGGGGGGAGGUCGAGAACACACCCUUGAGAGUUGAAGGAUCGGAAACCCCCUACAUGGACAGGACACCGGGGCCAGCCUUCAAGAUAUUGGAGCCAGGUCGCAGGGAGCGCCUGGGGCUGAAGAUGGCCAAUGAGGCUGCUGCCAAGAACAGGGCCAAGAAGCAGGAGGCCUUGCGAAGAGUGACGGAGAACCUGGCCAGCCUCACCCCCAAAGGCCUGAGCCCGGCCAUGUCCCCAGCCCUUCAGCGCCUCGUGAACAGGACGGCCAGCAAGUACACAGACCGGGCCCUGCGGGCCAGCUACACACCAUCCCCAGCACGUUUGACCCACCUCAAGACCCCAGCCGGCGGGCCCCAAACCCCAACGAGCACACCGGCUCCUGGCUCUGCUGCACGCACUCCCCUCAGCCAGGACCCAGCCUCCAUCACGGACAACCUGCUGCAGCUCCCUGCCCGGCGCAAAGCCUCGGACUUCUUCUAGGGCCAGGCCCAGGCUGGGCCCAUGGGAAAUUCUUGGAGCCUCCAGGGCAGCUAUCCACCCAGCAGAGGACUCUAGCCUUCUAAGGACCCAGGACCAGGCCAAAAGCAGUGACUGUCCCAGGAGCCACAAAGAAAGGUGCCAUGUCGCACCCAGGCUGGCACAGGACCUGCCCCACAGCCCUUGGGGUGCAUCCCAGGGCCUCGCUGGUUCUUUUUUUUAUGGAACCCCUUCCCGUUUCUAUUUAACCGGCAUUAAAGAAAACCUAGCACAUUCUG